AUGAAAACAAACAAAAGCAAGAAAUCUCAUCAAAUCGAUGAAAAUGGGAUGUUAUUAGCUGAUCCGCCAAAGGAUAUUGGUAAUAAGGAAAAGUUCCAAAGAUUAAAUUAUCUUUAUCAACUCUCAACAUGGACAACAAUGACAGGAAUACAACCGAAUCAAAAUGGACUGGCAAGAUUAUAUUCCAAAGACUUAGAUUUAAUAAGUAAGAAGACAAAAACAAGUAUAUCACCGAAUAUGAAGCGAUCAAUUUGUAAGAAAUGUCAUAGGAUCUUAAUCCCAACAAUUACUUCCAAAACGAUAAUUAAAAAUUUAUCUACGUCGAAAUCUAAAAAAGUAAAUCCAAAAAAUGAUGUUUUGGAAUGUCAUUGUCAAUGCGGUGUUAUCAAAAGAUACCCAAUUGGACAGAAUAGAAAUUAUAAGUUAAAUUCUGAGAAGGAUAAUACCUCAACUGCAUUGGAUUCUACGUAA